UACGCGCGCUCAGUCUAUGCGUUCUAAUCAGAAUGUGGUGGAGCUAUGAGAAGAGAAGUACCAUUGGAUUGUAUUCGUCUGUGCCAUAGCUUUUGGAGAGAGACAAGUCAACUAAAGUAACCUUCUAAUAAUAAUCUUAUUAUAAUGCUUCGACUAGUUUUAUUUUACGCAAGUGUUAUAUGGUGAUGACCUGAUUCCUGUUUGGAUUAAUCUGGAUUGAUCGGAUAUUAGUGGCUAUUAUUAUUGAUUUAUCAUUAUUAUUGAUUUAUCAUUACUAUUUCUAUUUCCAUUAAACAUAAUUUUUAACUCCAAUUUGCAACAUCAUAAUAGUAGUUCCAAGCGGAAUGAGCCUGUUUUGCACCUUUUGAGGAUACAAGGAGUCUGGAUUCAUGUUCAGAAAAUGAAGUUUAAGUUUUUUACCGUGGGCUCCAUACUACCACCCCUAGCCUACAACUCUGUCGGCAGUUGAUAUUGCCAAUUGAAAACGUGAUGCUGUUGCCUAUUGUUGUUCACUGAUGGUUGAAAUAUUAUAAUUGUAUCUCCAUGUGAAACAUUCUCGAAUGUGGAUCACUGCAAACGAUGUAUACCGAGGUGGCUAAUUUAAACUUCAGCUCUAAUGGAAGCAUCGAGGAUCCACUGAGCUCUCUGGAUCAAGAAUGGAACGAGCCCCCGGCGAAAAGACUGUCUCGGACCGGACACCAUGUGAUGUCCGUCUUCCUUGGAUCUAUUAUGGUUUUUGGUUUCAUCAAUAACCUGGUGGUAUUGAUCCUGUUUAUUAAGUUCAAAACUCUGCGGACUCCUGUGAACAUGCUUUUACUGAACAUCAGCGUGAGUGACAUGCUGGUGUGCCUCUGUGGCACCACGCUCAGCUUCGCAUCCAGUCUACAGGCACGCUGGCUGUACGGGAAGCACGGGUGCUUGUGGUACGGCUUCGCCAACUCUUGUUUCGGAAUUGUGUCGCUAAUCUCGCUGGCCUUCCUCUCCUAUGACCGCUACAGCACCUUAACCGUGUACAACAAGCAAGCCCCGGACUACCGUAAGCCUCUGCUGGCCGUGGCGGGCUCCUGGCUCUACUCCCUGUUCUGGACAGUGCCCCCCCUGCUGGGCUGGAGUAGUUAUGGCCUAGAGGGGGCCGGGACCAGCUGCUCGGUCACCUGGACAUCCCAGACGCCCCAGUCUCACUCCUACAUCAUCUGCCUGUUCAUCUUCUGUCUGGGGCUGCCUGUGCUGGUCAUGGUCUACUGCUACGGGAGGCUGCUCUACGCUGUCAAACAGGUGGGGCGGAUCCGUAAGUCGGCAGCGCGGCGGAGAGAGUUCCACAUCCUGUUCAUGGUGAUCACCACGGUGGUGUGUUACCUGCUGUGCUGGAUGCCCUACGGCGUGAUCGCCAUGAUGGCCACCUUUGGACACCCGGGCCUCAUCACCCCCAUCGUGACCGUGGUGCCCUCCAUCAUGGCUAAGAGUAGCACCGUCAUCAACCCCCUCAUCUAUAUACUCAUGAACAAACAGUUCUACAGGUGUUUCCUGAUCCUGUUCCACUGCAAGCGGCCCAGUUCUGAGAACGGCGUCUCCUCCAUGCCCUCCAAGACCACCGUCAUCCAGCUCAACCGCCGGGGCCACAGUAACAACGUAGCCGUCACGCCCCAGCUCUCCACCGGCGCCAACCACCAUAACCACAACCACACGGUGGAGUGCAGCACUAACAACCGUGAAGUCACCACCCCCGUCUCCGAACAGACCAGCCCAGACCCCAACCAAGAGAUCACCUCCUGUGGACAGCCGCGUACCCCCCGAAGCCCCUCUCAACCCACCUCCCUUUUCCCCCACGUGACAAACGCUAUCCAGUGAUCCACUGUGUUAUAUGAUAGUGUCACCACCGAGAACUCUAGAGGAUACGGUGUUAUCCCUGGCAUUUGUCAUGUGGUGUCACCCAAAAACUCCCCAUAGUGAUUUGUCAUCAUGAGAACACCUCAACAACAGACUACCCAUAAAAUGACCCAUAAAUGAUCCAUAAAUGAUCCAUAAAUGAUCCAUAAAUGACGUUAUGUCACCAGAGAACUCUUCUAAACACACAGUCAGUGAUCUAAUCCACAACGUUACCCAGACAGAGAACUAUCAAUAUCUUCUACGAACAAAGUGAUCUAUUCCACAUCAUCACCCCAGAAACUACACUGUGCUCUAUUAUCUUAUAGAACAGGGGACCCCAGCUGGCGGCCUGCGGGUGGAUCUAUUUGGCCCCCCAAGUUCAUGGCAAAUAGAAAUAAUAAUAUAUAUAUUUUUUUGUGUUUUAUUUUUGUCGUUGGAUAUGAGACUGUAAGAACAUGAAAUCAGCGCCAAUUGAUUUUAAGUUUUGAAAUCUGUUUUGGAAAUGAUUCUGCUUUAGUAAACGUUAUAUCCGUUUGGGCUUCUUGCUGUCAAUUGGCAGUAAUUAUGUUCUGGUCCCCCGGCGAUCCGCGCAUCGGCCCGCAGCUGAAUCUAGUUGAUGAUCCAUGUUAUAGAAGGUGUGUCAACCGCCCCAACCCAGCUAGAUGGUCAACUGUUACUUUGUCACUCAGUAAAGGUGUAGAUAUAAAUUCAUGUCAAGUCUUGCCGUGAGAAAACGCAAAAGUGUGGUGUUGUUUACUUAAAAACAAAGCGUGUAUUUUUCCUCAACUUCCGUUAUCAUAUUGUUACACGUGUUACGUCGAUAGACACCAGAGUUGUAUUAAGACUGCAGUGGCUUUAGUGUUGUCGUUGCCGUUACAGUACAAAAAAAGUAUUUAGUCAUAACUGUUACAGUGUGCUGUCAUAACCGUGGCCAUUUCCAAUGACGUGCAAUAACAGACAGUCCAUCUAUUCAUUUGUUCUAAAGCAGCUAUGAAGCCUAUGUGAAUGAUGCCGGUGAAGCUGAAUGCUUUGUACCUCAUCCGUGACAUCGAAUCACCUCGGGCCUCAUUUAUUUGCUCAGUUUUUAUUCUACAUUUCAGCACACCAUCAGUUCUUGAAACAAAUAGGAAGAACAAUCACAGUGUUUAUACACAUGUCGAAGGGUGUAAAUCACACACAAUCAUGAUCAUUCCUACAUCACACUAAGUUGCUAAAUCAAUCUAUAUCACUAUAUAUUAAAUCGCUAUAUAGCUGUGGAUUCCAACUAUCAUAUGUGCGUAAGAACAUUUUUUAUAAAUGAUGCACCUGGGUGAUCUGUGUAAAAAUGGCUAGUAAUUACAACCCGAAACUGGUAUUAAACGUAUGGCAACAAUGUGAAGGGAUUUUCCAUUUCACUGCAGGGUGGGGAGGGUAAUAAACCGGAAACAGUUGGAGAACUGUAACAAACAGAAAGUGUUCAUGUUUGCAACACUUGUCUUGCACUCUUGAAGCCAUCAUCCCAUUGGGCAAAAGAGAUCAUGGCAAUGUUCAAUUGUCAGUUGACUGAAAUGUUGAUUACAGUUAUGACAAUGUGGAAACAGUGUUGAUCCAACCAAUAUUUGCAUGUCGGGAUGACAGCCAGGGGUUGUACGAAAGCCACAACCUGUUAAAGUUACCAUCUUUCUGUGUCUGUAGUGUUGAGUCAUGCAGUAUCUGGCUUUGCAUGUUGACAUGUUCCUCAAUCUACAAGUCUAAAGCUCCCAGCAGGCAGUCAAACAGCCUGGCGCCCCAUUGGUCUGCCGCAUAGUGGCUGGCUGUAGCCAUCAUACGGCACUUGCUUGUCUUUAUCAAGAUGACAAACUGAACAGCACUGCCUCUCACUGCCUAAUAAACUGUAACCCAAAAACAGUUAAAUAAAAUGGACUGCAACCCAAA